UGGCAUCGACAACCGAGAGGGGGGGGAGCAGCAACAUUGCGUAGAAUAGCAAUUACACCCCAAAUAUCAGCGGCUUUCGGUCGGAGUCGUUUGGGUGUAUUCAGACAACAAGGCGGACGGGGCUGCAGUUUGGGUCGAGUGUUAAGAUUAGGAGCGGGCGGUCGAGGAAAGCGUUGUGUUUUUUUUUUUUUUUAAACCACCAACUCACCCAAAUGAACUCCGUCAGAGCCACCAACAGGAGACCCAGGCGAGUGUCGAGGCCGCGCCCGGCGCAACCCGAACGGAACAACGGGGAUCGAGAUGAGGAGGCUCCUGCAGCAGCAGCAGCAGAGAUGGCUGUGGAGGAGUCAGGUCCAGGAGCUCAGAACAGUCCCUACCAGCUCAGACGCAAGUCUGUACCGCCCAAGAGAACCGCCGCUGCCUCAGCUACUGCCUCUACCUGCCCCAGCAAGGGCCCUAUGGAGGGAGCAUCCACCUCAUCCACAGAAGCCUUUGGUCAUCGGGCUAAGCGAGCCCGGGUGUCUGGUAAGAGCCACGACCUGCCAGCAGCCCCAGCAGAGCAAUAUCUGCAACAGAAGCUUCCGGAUGAGGUUGUGUUAAAGAUCUUCUCCUACUUGCUGGAGCAGGACCUCUGCCAGGCAGCCUGUGUCUGCAAGAGAUUCAGCCAGCUAGCCAAUGACCCCAUCCUCUGGAAACGUCUGUACAUGGAAGUGUUUGAGUACACGCGUCCUAUGAUGCACCCAGAGCCAGGAAGGUUCUACCAGGUCAGCCCUGAGGAGCACGAGCACCCAAACCCCUGGAAGGAGAGCUUCCAACAACUGUACAAAGGUGCUCAUGUAAAACCGGGCUUUGCCGAACAUUUCUACAGUAACCCAGGCAGAUACAAAGGCAGAGAGAAUAUGCUGUACUAUGACACCAUCGAGGAUGCACUGGGCGGGGUGCAAGAGGCCCACUUUGACGGGUUGAUCUUCGUCCACUCCGGCAUCUACACAGACGAGUGGAUUUAUAUAGAGUCUCCAAUCACCAUGAUAGGAGCGGCUCCUGGGAAAGUAGCUGACAAAGUGGUGAUUGAGAACACCAGAGACUCCACCUUUGUCUUCAUGGAGGGUUCAGAGGAUGCUUAUGUGGGAUACAUGACCAUUAGGUUCAAUCCUGAUGAUAAGUCAGCCCAACACCACAACGCCCACCACUGUCUGGAGAUCACAGUCAACUGCAGCCCCAACAUAGACCACUGCAUCAUCCGCUCCACUUGCACAGUGGGCUCGGCAGUGUGCGUCAGUGGCCAAGGGGCAUGUCCAACCAUCAAACACUGCAAUAUCAGUGACUGUGAGAAUGUAGGACUGUACAUUACAGACCACGCACAGGGCAUAUAUGAAGACAACGAGAUCAGCAACAAUGCACUUGCAGGGAUUUGGGUAAAGAACCACGGCAAUCCCAUCAUCAGACGCAACCACAUCCACCAUGGCCGAGACGUGGGAGUGUUCACUUUUGAUCACGGCAUGGGUUAUUUUGAGAGCUGUAACAUCCACAGGAACCGCAUAGCAGGCUUCGAGGUGAAGGCUUAUGCCAAUCCCACGGUGGUGCGUUGUGAGAUCCACCACGGCCAGACAGGAGGCAUCUAUGUCCAUGAGAAGGGCCGGGGUCAGUUCAUUGAAAACAAGAUCUACGCAAACAACUUUGCUGGGGUCUGGAUCACGUCCAACAGCGAUCCCACGAUACGGGGAAAUGCCAUAUUCAAUGGCAACCAAGGAGGGGUGUACAUAUUCGGAGAUGGUCGGGGAUUGAUAGAAGGUAACGAUAUCUACGGGAACGCUCUGGCUGGAAUCCAGAUUCGAACCAACAGCUGCCCCAUAGUACGGCACAACAAGAUCCACGACGGACAGCAUGGUGGUAUCUACGUGCAUGAGAAGGGCCAGGGUGUUAUCGAAGAGAAUGAGGUGUACAGCAAUACAUUGGCCGGAGUCUGGGUGACCACUGGCAGCACCCCUGUCCUUCGCAGGAACCGCAUUCACAGCGGCAAGCAGGUCGGGGUGUAUUUCUAUGAUAACGGUCAUGGGGUCUUGGAAGACAAUGACAUCUACAAUCAUAUGUACUCUGGUGUACAGAUAAGAACGGGAAGCAACCCAAAGAUUAGGCGCAACAAGAUAUGGGGAGGACAGAAUGGAGGAAUUUUAGUCUACAACUCAGGUCUAGGCUUCAUAGAGGACAAUGAGAUUUUUGACAACGCAAUGGCCGGGGUGUGGAUCAAGACCGAUAGUAACCCCACGCUGCGACGGAACAAGAUACAUGAUGGCAGAGACGGAGGCAUCUGCAUUUUUAACGGAGGCAGAGGUCUGCUAGAGGAGAAUGACAUCUUUAGGAACGCCCAGGCUGGUGUGCUGAUAAGCACCAACAGCCAUCCCAUCCUCCGCAAGAACCGCAUUUUUGAUGGCUUCGCUGCUGGUAUUGAAAUUACUAACCAUGCAACAGCCACUCUGGAGGGGAACCAGAUCUUUAACAACCGCUUCGGAGGCUUGUUCCUGGCCUCAGGAGUUAACGUUACUAUGAAAGACAAUAAGAUUCUGAACAACCAAGAUGCCAUAGAGAAGGCCGUGAGCAGAGGUCAGUGUCUCUACAAGAUCUCCAGCUACACCAGUUACCCAAUGCACGACUUCUACAGGUGUCACACUUGUAAUACAACAGACCGGAAUGCCAUCUGUGUUAACUGCAUUAAGAAAUGCCACCAGGGGCAUGAUGUAGAGUUUAUACGGCACGAUAGGUUUUUCUGUGACUGUGGAGCGGGAACUUUGUCCAAUCCCUGCACACUGGCUGGCGAGCCUACACACGACACAGACACACUCUACGACUCGGCACCGCCCAUCGAGUCCAACACAUUGCAACAUAAUUGAAUGCACAUGCACAUGUCACACCUUCUACAUUCAUAUACAAGCACAUGCAACACUUCUACACACUUAACAGAAACACACACACACUUGUCAAAACACACACACAUUGACAUCCACUUGCAGCCAUAAGGACCCAGAGAGACUCUGUGUAUGCGGCGCUCUCCGAUGGGCUAAGAAUGAGUGAGGCUGCAGUGGAAGCAGCCACCGGAAUCACUGCAGACGGGACACACUGCAGUGGUGGGAGUUUCCACUAGAGGGAGCAGUGGCGCUCAGAGGAUAGACUGUGACUUGACCCUCGCAGUAUGGCCACAUGAGAUUCCUCACGCAGACAUUUAUUAUUGCAGUCUUUGGACAGAGAGGAAAUGGGAAGAGUAGGACAUGGACGAGGGGUGGGGGGGGGACUGUCGAUCGAGGCCUGUGCCCCUUUCGCAGUGUGUGAAGACCCCUGCUGUGUUAGUCCCUGGCUGCCGGCUCCCCCACCACCCACCCCCAAGGGCACGUCUUGUUCACAAGAACUGCCAUGAAAGAGACUUCCUGCUUCCUCUCAGCUGCCGUCCUCAUUGGCAGCCCUGGCAAUUGUAACUAAGCAACAGAUGGGCGGAUGUAGCUCUUGUGUGUGGAUAAAGAAGGAGACUUGUGUGUGAUGGAGCACUUGGGCUUUUUUUUUUUUUAAUAUGUUAUUCUGAUCAGUGGAUUUGAUUUCAAUGCUUUCUCAUGUAGUUUUGUAUUUUCAAGCAAAAAUCUGACUGUAUUUGAAUGUCUUUUAUUUUAUUAUAUAUUAUAAUUAUUGUUUUUAAUUUUCUUUGGUUAGCACCCACCCCAUCCCUACGCCUCCCCCCCUUCCAGGCUUUCUGCAGUAGCUCGGGCGUCUCGGUGGUCAAGUUCUUUCUGUGAAAGAGAAUCUCGUUAAACACUAAACACCCUCUCCAGCAUAUUAUCUUAAACGGCAGGUGGAGGAGCUCCACAAAUUGUAAAAAAAGGUAUGUGUGACCAGUGUGUUUUAAAAGGAAAAAAACCAAAAACAAAAAAGAGAGAUAAGUGUGUUGUGUAAGGUGUGUGUAUAGUGCAAGUUGUGCGCGUGUAAAUGUUUUUAAGUUGAUGCAGUCAGUGUUUUCUGGAGAGGGUGUCUAUAGGAGGCACCUGAUCUCCUCAGAACUGAAACUACCUAGUCUAUCUGCAGUCCCCUCCCCCACUUGCCCCCCCACCCCCACCCCAUCUCACCUUCCUCCUCCUCUACCUCCCUCCUUCUCCGUGUUUCGUGGUGACUGUGGCUCCUCAUGCAGCCUGAAUCGUAUGCAUGUACCAUAACAUCUAGACUUAAUAUAUUGUGAAGUAUUCAAUAACCAUUAUGUAGAUGCUAGUUGGAAUUCAAAAAGGGGUUUAAUUUCCUAGAAAGACAAAAGAGAAAAGGAAACUGGUCAUUUCUAAGAAAAUAAAACUUUAUUAGAUCACAAAUGUUGUUUCGAGUUUACAUGCCCUGAAGUAAUCCAUUGACUAUAAAACGUACAAUGAAUGACACCUUGUUAAACAGCGUGGUACUUUAAAUAAUCCUGGAGAUGUUGUUUUGGCAAAUAAUCCAUACAGUUGCUCAUAUUACUGUAUAGAUUUGCUCAGUCAACCAGCAACAUGGCACAGCAGUAAUGGUGUCAAUACAACCUCGUGACAAUGGUGUUUUGUUGAAAGAGACCUGGCUUCAGAUAUUCAGCUUCUGAUUUAACUUGUAUACAGCCUCACUCGGCUGCUUCCUUUGAAAGGCAAAUAAAAGCUCAUCAGAAGUAAAUGUCUACAUUAUAAAAGCCAGUCAUUAAGGUUAAAGCAAAUAGACAAAGGUUAACAUUGGAAGCUUUACAAUAUUUCCUCUAGAUACAGAAACCCCUUUGGCCUACAACGAAGAAUGCUAGCUGGCUUUGGACCAGCAGGCCAGUGUCUAAAUCAGUUUCUUUACACCAUCGAGGAACAUGUCAGUGAAACAGCAUACAAUUAGGCUGUGAAAACUUGACUUCCCCGGAGAUGUGUGUCAUUUAUCAUUUGUUAUUAAUGGGGUUUACAUUACUUAUUGGAAAAGGGGAGAAACUUCAUAGAGCAGUCAACUGAUAUUUUUUUUAAGACAUGGCUAAUGGUAAUGUAAUGAUGUGCACAUGAUCAGAGUAUGUAAUCAAUACAUUUAACUUGACAAGAUAUAGUAGGUUAAUCAAGAUACCCAGCAAGUGGUACAAUGGCAGACAAACAUGGUUUCUGACUAUCACUGUUAAUGUUGGCCACAUUCUUAUGUUAUUUUUAUCACAGUCCAAUACAACACUG